AUGAUUAAGAAAGUUGCUCUUUGCACGUUAUUAUAUUCACGGGGGUAUUUACCUGGUGCCUUAACUUUAGCGUACCAAUUACAAAGACUCUUGAGCCAGACUGUAGUAGAGGACGAAAUAACUAUAUGUCUAUUAGUUGCAAGAACGUUGUUCGAAGAUGAAUUUACUCCCCAGGAAAUAGUUUUGAUAAGAAGCCUCUUCAAGGAGAUCAUUAUCAUAGAAUCGUUAGAGGGUCAAGCGAAGAGCGUCCAAAAUAACAAGGCAAAUCUUGACUUGUUGAAAAGGCCGGAGCUAUCUUUUACUUUACUAAAAGCCAGAUUAUGGGAACUGGUGCAGUUCGAUCAGGUGCUGUUUUUGGAUGCGGAUACUUUACCAUUGAACAAGGAGUUUUUUAAAAUUCUACAGCUAUAUCCUGAACAAACGAGGUUCCAGAUCGCUGCUGUUCCCGAUAUCGGAUGGCCCGAUAUGUUUAACACCGGUGUCUUGCUACUGAUUCCAGAUUUGGAAAUGGCGAAGAGCUUGCAGGAUUUUUUGGUCAAGACUGUAUCGAUUGACGGGGCUGAUCAAGGUAUCUUCAAUCAAUUUUUCAACCCCGCAUGCAAUUACAGCAAGGAGAUCUUGCACAAGAUAUCUCCGCUUAUGGAGUGGAUACGACUUCCGUUCAUCUAUAACGUAACAAUGCCCAAUUACGGAUACCAGUCCUCGCCUGCGAUGAGCUUUUUCCAGCAGCAUAUCAACCUAGUUCAUUUCAUCGGAACGUUCAAACCGUGGUCACAUAGUGCAUUCAACCACGAUAAUUAUUAUUAUCAAUUAUGGAGGGAUACAGAGAGGGAUCUACACAACGAACACCACUUGAGUAAUUAUUUCACACGCUUGCAACUCGGCAAUCUCGAAAGGGAAACAGAUUUCCAUCACGAGGCUCCCUGCCUCAACACGCUGCUAAAGCAAAACUCAAGGGAGAAUCAAAAGCAGGUUAGCCCUGAUGAAACCCAGGUAGGUCCUAAUGCUGCACAAAAUAUACCUAUACAAGAACACGAUCAAAAAGUAACAACUGCUGAUCCUCAAAGUGCCUUCAAGUUUGAGUGGGAGAAUACGGACUAUUUGCACCACGUCCAGAGAGCGUUCCCAGACUCCGAUAUCUAA